AUGACCACGCCUACAAUUCCCAAAAAAGGCAUUGAAGAUGUUCUUCAACACAUAAUCCCUCAAAUCGAACGACAUAUUGAGUCUCAGGCCUCCGCUCAGACCAAGCGCCCAUUUGUCCUAGGUCUUACAGGUCUCCAAGGAAGCGGCAAGUCAACCUGGACCGAUGCGCUGGUCAAGACUCUGCGCGAUCAACAUAAAUAUAACACCAUCAAUGUCUCUCUGGAUGAUCUUUAUUUUGAUCAUCAUGAGCUUGUUCAGGUUCGCGGACGGAACCCGCAGAACCGACUGCUCCAGACACGCGGACAGCCAGGAACGCACGACACAGCUCUGGCAGUCUCUUUUUUCAAAGAUUUGUUGGACUCUUCCAAGGAGAUCCUGAUUCCAGCAUUUGAUAAGAGCAAAUUUGGCGGUGAAGGCGACCGAGCCGACCAAGACAGCUGGCCUCGAGUGCCGGCAGGCACAUCGGUGGACAUUGUCGUCUUCGAGGGCUGGUGUGUCGGUUUUCAACCGCUGGGAGAAGAAUCAAUUCGAUGCCGAUGGAACGAAGCCCAGGAUAAGAAGGCUAUGUCCGGGUACUUGACAGAGACCUUGAGAGAUCACGCGGUAGAGAGUUUACUGCAAGUAAACAGCAAUCUAAGGGAAUAUUCUGAAAUGUUUAUGGGAUCGCGGCAUUUCGAUUUCCUCGUUCACCUGGAUACAGAUGAUCUGGUGAAUGUUUAUGAAUGGCGGAUCCAGCAGGAGCAUGCUCUUCGGAAAAGGACAAAUCGAGGAAUGACGGAUGAGGCGGUUGUGAAAUUUGUAAGGGGGUAUAUGCCUGCCUACGAGUUAUACCUUGAUCAACUACGUAGGGGAUUCUUCAAAUCCCAGCACCGCGACGCAGAGCAGGAGAAGGGUCAAUUGAGAGUAGUCCUGGACAAAGAGAGAAAAAUACUCAAGAUUACACUAGCAUAA